AAUUACAUAAAUUAAUGAUCUACCCUUCUUCAUAAAUGAAAUAAUAAAAUCAUUUCAGUUCAGAAAAAAAAAUAUAGCAAAUAGCAACCCCAACCCCAAUUUUCAUUCAAGAUUUUCGGAAAAUCGGUGUUUUUUAUUAUUGAAUUAAAAUAUUGAAAAAUAUUAUUUUAUGAAUAAUUAUGGCGAAACUGCAAGGCAAAAUUUAUCUGGGAUAUGAAGAAGAAAUCAUUAAUGAUAAAACGCAAUCACUACUGAAUUACACAGUCAAUAAAAUCGGUGGUUUACCAGAUUGGCCUCCAUUGGCAAAUAUACAUCCUCCUUCGAAAUGCCCAUUGUGCGGUUUGCACAGAUUAUUGAUCGUACAGUGUUACGCGCCGAUUGAACAUUCCAUUUACCAUCGUACAUUAUAUGUAUUUGCUUGUAUCAGUCCCAAUUGCUGGAUUCAAUCAGAAAGUUGGCUAUGUGUUCGAAGUCAAAUUCAAGAUUCAAGUACAGACUCGAACACAAUGGUUGCUAUGCCGAGUUGUGACACAAACUCGUCAUGGUGCAGUGGAGCUGAUGAGUGGGAUGAGAAUGACAAUGGAGAUACAGCAAACGGCAAUGUUAUGAAUAUUGACAAUGCUUUUAGUGCCUGCAAUAUUGCUAUGCAAAGGAAUUCUGAUGAAGAUGAUGAAAGCAACUCUUUGGAACUGGAAUCUGUGGAGCAGGCUUUGGGUAACCUUCAAAUGUUUGAUGCACAUAAUGCUAACAUGUCACCAGUACAAGGAGCUGUGGGUGCGAUAGGCGUCCCCGCCGCGGCGGCCGAGCUGGAAGGCGGCGAUGAGCCGGGGCUGGUGAUUGUGGACACGCCCACUGCUCCAUCUAAUGACAUCCAAGCUUUGUUACAUCAAACAGCAGAGUUGCCGCCCGAUGUAAGGAGUCGACUAAUAUGUGGGUCGAUGCAAUUUAUUCCUAAAUAUAUUUAUGUGGAGGAGGAGUGGAGGACCACAUCCAACAAUGAUGAUAAAGUUACAGAUCUGCUCAACAAAUACAAACGGGAAAAUGAUCUGGGACCCCGGGCGGGGGCGGGGGCGGGGGCGGAGGCGGCGGGCGCGGCGGAGGAGGAGGCGUACGAGGACGCGGCGCCCGCGCACGGCGACCGCCUGCUGCACGCCUUCCUCUGCCGGUUGAGGCGCAACCCGCAUCAAAUACUCAGAUACUCCCGUGACGAGCCUCCGCUGCUGGGCGCCCCCCUGCCCAGCGCGUCCCCCGAGGCCCCCUCCCCCUCUAAAUGCCCCCGCUGCGCCUCCCCCCUCAUCUGCGAACUGCAACUCGUGCCCGAAUUCGCGGAAACACUUCGGCUUCACCCUCACAACACGCCGAUUUCACAUCUUCACUUCCUCUCAGUUCUAAUAUUCACGUGUUCUCAAAGUUGUUGGCAGCAAGCGGACACGCUCGUCAAAGAAACCGUUGUCUUCCAACCAGAGGUUUAAAUUUAAAUGAAACUGCCAAUAUCUACUGCAAUAUUUAUUGUAAUAAAUAUAUAAUAAGCACUCGUAGUCGGUACUUUGAGUGGUCAAAAUAUGAAAAUAAUUCUUCAUCAUAUGUUGACGUCAAUGACUCCAUGACUACUGCUAAAGAUGUAAAGAAUCGAUCUAAAUAUAUUUAAAAAAAUAAUCUUAAUAUUAUAUUGUUUAAAAUGCCUUGUAUGAUGUAUGUUCUCCAUUUUGUUGCCAAUUACAUUGGAAAUGUGUGAAUUUAUAUGUUUACAAUCCGUCUGUGAUGUUUAUUCAUUAGAUUUUAAUAGUGGUAUUUAACAGUGAUAACGAUCUUUGAGUGAUGAACUUACCAAUAAAUUUUAAAUAGUAUUUUACUCACUUGUAUGCCAGUUAAUUAUAUUCUAAUUAUGCAUAAGGCGUAUGCACAUGUUUAGUCUUCUUGUAUUUUUUCAUCCUUUUCAAACUAUACUCAAAAUGUAGAGUAGAGAACUCAUUUUAAAUUGGUUAAAAUAGUCUUACUUUUAAAAAUAGCCAAAUCUUUUUUAUUCAAAAUAAUGUAUUUUUUAUUUCAUAAGUAUAAGCUAGAUUUUUUUAUAGUAUAAGUGAAAUGAUUUUCUAAAUCUUUUAUCAUAUAAAAGGCAAUCUGCCAAUUAAAGUGUUUCAGUAGUAAGUUUGUACGUAGUUAAGAUUCUGUAAAUUGGUAGAAGACUGGUUGCCUUAGACUAAUCUACAAUAACUGUUUGCAUUCAAUUAAAUAAUGUGAUUGCGACGUUCAAAACAGCAAGCAAUAUAUUUUUUAAUUGGUUCUAAACUAUAAUAUAAGAAAUACAAUGACCACGUCGCAAUCACCUUAGUUAUGCUCGUCUAUUCUUCAUUGAUUUACGGUAUAAUAGGGAUCUAAAAUGGAAAACCGACGCUAAAAUUAAAAAUAAUAUUUAUUGCACAAGAAGUCAAAAUAUCCAAUUUCCAUCCAUUUUAAAUCGUAAGUUGUUUUUAAUAUUGAUGUUAAUAUAGCGACAUUAUUUUAAGAAAUGUUUCGCAAUUAAUAUUAUCUGUGAUUUUUAUAAAAGUAAAAAAUAGUGCCGAUCCAUAAAGUCGUUAUCUAAACUAGUCACUUCAUUUGUUAUUGUAAUACACUUUCAAAUAUGA